AGGUGCAGUCCAGGAGCAGAAAAUGUCCGACCUUCCGGAGGAUCGUCUGGAACCGGCACCCCCCUUCACCUACUGCGCUGUCGACUACUGUGGACCAUGGUAUAUUAAGGAGGGGCGCAAGGAGGUAAAGAAGUAUGUUGCCCUCUUCACGUGCAUGGCAUCAAGAGCCGUACAUCUUGAAGUCUCGAACUCCUUGGAGACUGACUCGUUCCUCAACGCCCUGCGUCGUUUCAUCUGCAGAAGGGGUCCUGUACGUCAGCUGCGCAGUGAUCAAGGAACGAAUUUCAUCGGAGCAAAACGGGAGCUCCGCGAAGCGUUGCAGUCUAUGGAUCAAGGCAAGAUCAGCACUGAGAUGUUGAAAGAGAAUUGUGAUUGGAUAACCUUUAAGAUGAAUUUCCCAUCAGCCAGCCAUGCAGGAGGAGUAUGGGAGCGCCAAAUCAGGACCAUUCGCAGUGUACUAUCAGCCCUCCUGGAGAAGAGUGCAAGUUGCCUGGACGGAGAGUCCUUUCACACGCUGAUUUGUGAAACCGAAGCGAUCGUGAACAGCCGUCCCCUGACAGUGGAUAAUCUAAGCGAUUCAGGGUCACUAUCUCCACUGACGCCAAAUCAUAUCCUCACAAUGAAAGCAAAGCCAGUUCUACCUCCGCCUGGCGUGUUUCAAAGAGAAGACCUGUACUCAAGGAAACGUUGGCGACGAGUCCAGCAUUUAUCAUGCGAAUUCUGGGACCGUUGGAGGAAGGAAUUUCUUCAUAGCUUACAAGAGAGGUCCAAGUGGACGAGACCACGCCGUAACAUGCAAGUUGGCGACGUAGUUAUCGUUAAAGACGACAACAAGGCGAGGAAUCGGUGGAGCCUUGCUCGUGUGAUAGAAACGUACCCCAACAAGGCCGAUGGACUAGUGCGUAGUGUCAAGGUAGCGAUUGGAGACCCUGAUAUCUCCAGCACUGGAAAGAGAGUGCACCCCCCAUCAGUUUUGGAAAGACCCAUUCAAAAGCUUGUCCUGCUGCUGCCAAGAGAGGAAAGACUGGGAUUCCCGCAUGGGGAGCCAUUCAACGAACACAUUCAAAAGGAGGACUAGACACGGACAUGUCAGUGAACUCUGAACUUGUUACUUUAAUUAUGUUUCGUUUUGUUUGAAAUACGGUGAUUUCAAGGGGAGCCAUGUAAGUGCCCCUAAGGCACGGGUUUAUCCCUUGUUUUGAUUUAGUAAUCGUUUAAUUAAUAACCUGUAAAAGUCACACUAGGUGCCUCGUCACGCGUUCCGUAAGUGGUAUCGCAUUUCCAAACAGAACGGAUCUAUUGUGCAAUUCAAUAAUUCGAUCGAUUUCGCAAGCACUCGUGGUUUAAUAGAAAGAAAUUGUCUGUCGUUUUUAUCGAAGGAAGGAAAGGUCCUUUUUGUGUCAACUCUCGCCAGAUCCGGCAACAAUCUUCACGGUCAAAUACGACAUUAAAUAAAGGAGGCGUUCCAUGAAAGAAAUUGGGACGAUAUUUGUUGUGUCGAUCAGUGAGAUUCGUACGGUCCAGCUAGC